CUGUACAUAUCUACCCCUCACCUCGACGCGGCAGCACCUAGAUACCAACCGCCUUCCCGUUUGACGCGCCACCUGCCCAGCCAUCUACUGUAAAUGGAUGGAGCCGGCGAGCUUUGAAACUGGAGACCCGUCGUCGUCGCCAGCCCAAGAUGGGGCAAAACCCGCCACUGCUACCGCGGGUGACCGCAACAGCGUUGGCAGCGUGGUCCCGCCAUACUGGCAAUCCCACCAGCGCAACGCGUCCUAUCUAAGCAACUACUCUGCUGACAACGGCCGCCCCACUCCCAUCGGCCUCGAGGACCAUACGGAUGAGGGCUCAGACCACUGCAAAGUUCUCUGGGCCAAGGGUGUCACGAUAGAUGAUUACGUUGUCAUCAGCGGCACGGCUGCGGCACCUGGAUUUGGGGCUUAUGUCGUCUUCAAUUGCACGGUCGAGACACUGGAUGGUGGUCCCAUGAAGAUACGAAAGAGAUACUCGGAGUUUGAAGAUCUGCACACAAAGCUGCUCCAGACCUUUCCUCACGCCGCGGGUUCCAUGCCGCACUUCCCACCCAAGUCCGUAAUAUCUCGCUUUAGGCCCCGUUUUCUGGAAAAGCGGAAACAAGGACUUUCGUACUUUCUCAAGUUUGUUUAUCGAUAACAAAGCUAGCGUACAUCGGCUGACCUAUUAAUAGUUGCGUUUUGCUCAACCCGGAGUUCGCUGGAUCACCAGUCUUGAAGGACUUUCUUUUCUCGUGAGGUGCUCGUCGGUGUACGUGUUGAUCUUGGUGUCUCAGGUGUGGCAAACAAGAGCUGGAUUUGGAUCGAGGUGCCGGUAGUCCGGGGCGUGCACGACCGGUGACAGUAACGAGCACGACUGAAGCAGUCGCGAGGACGUCUCAUUGUUCCAGAUUCACGUGUAGAUAUAAAUUUUCCGUAAAGUUGCUCAUGCAGGAUUACUUCCAUGUUGAAUGUCGAGUUGGUGCUGCCGGGAUCAU